AAGUCUUAUUUGACACCUCUGGUGCCAUGUUGUAUAUGAAUUUUUUUUAUUAAUAAAAGUGUUCAAUUAGAACAAACAGAAAAUAAAAUGUCCAAAUAAAAUAUGUAGACAACUUUAAAUGACGAUCGGAUUCCAUAAUUCUAACUCCCUUCCCUCCAAGAACCUGAGUUUAUACCCAUAAACUGAAAGGUAAAACUAUAUCCCAAAAAGGGCAUUCCGUUGGUAACAAACUCUUCUGUGCAAAACUAUAAAUAGAACUGACGCUCCUCAUUCUUCUUCAUCACUUCCAAUUUCUCUGCAAAAAGAAAAAAAAAAUGAAUUUCUUAGUGAAUGCCGUGAAUUUGUACUUCAAUAGAAAUUGGACAAGAAAAGACAUGAUGAGUUCUGCACCAAUUACCCAGCACGCUCACACAAGCUUGCAAAAGGUGUAUCUUGCCCUCCUCUGUGCCAUGUCGGCUGCUGCUUGUGGAUCCUACUUGCACUUCAUCGGGGAAGUAGGGGGGCUGUUCACAGUCCUUUCUUCUGAAGCAAGUUUACUCUGGCUUUACCAUACACCACCAUGGAGAGUGCGAAAGAGGGUUGUGCUCUUGAUGUAUACUGCAUUUUGUGUUGGUGCUUCUGUUGGCCCUUUUACCAAGUACUUCUUCGAAAUCGAUCAAAGCGCUGUCGUUAGAUUUUUGCAAGGUGCAGCAACUGUCUUUGGAUGUUUCUGGGUUGCAGCCAAAGAAGAAUGGGAAAGGAGCCAAAUCUACACCAUUGGCCUGUUUUACUCUCUAAUGUAUCUGUUAUUUGGCAUUUCUCAAUGGACGUUAAAGGCAUGCGUUUUGCUUCCAUUGUUCAUGGUGUACCUUGUGGUAUAUAGCCAAGAGAUAUUGUACGAUGCUCGAUUUGGAGGAAUUGACUUUGUCAAUUGCACAUUUACCAUCUUCCUACAUUUACCGGCUAUAGUGGUCCAUGCUAUAAGACUCUGCCUGGUUGCAAACAUUGAGCAACGCAGACAAAAUUAAUGCUGAUACACAUGGAACUAUAGAAUAAAUAGGGAGUAGUAUACAGAUGUAGAACUUUGUAAAUGAUGAAAAAGUAUGUCUUUGUGAUGACUACAUUUUACAGUAAAUUCAUAGUCUGAAGACAGAGAUCAGUCUAUUGCCUACUUAACUCGGAAAUGAACAGAUUUAAAUGUUACAUCAUUUAAAUGUGAUUUUCGGCAUGAGAUACUUAUCAACUUUUAAAAAAUCAGUUGAUCUAAUCAGACUCCUAAUGAU